AUGGCGGACGUACCCCGCAGGGCAACGGCGCGCCUGCGCAAGACUUUCCAAUACCCGACAGACGACUCCUCAUCAAGCACCCCGGAGGUUUUGGACGAAGAGGAGCAAGAUAACCUCAUCCAGUCCCUCUCGGACCAAAACGCAUCCAGGAACGCCCAGUUCCGCAUCGCCAUGCUCGCCCUGCCAGUGCUCUCAACCCUCCCGUACCUGGUCCUCCUCUUCCGCCGCCCCGAGGCGUCCCUCAUCCUCCCAACCCUGCUGGGCAUAUCCUCGCUGGCCUCGACCACGUGGCUGCUCUACGCCCAGGAACCGACCGAGACGGGCAUCGCGGUCCUGGACGAAUGGGCUCGCGGCGCCGGCCAAGACAGUAGCGGCAGCAAUAAUCCACCAUUCUCCCCUCUUAGGCGAGCGCCCGGCGGGAGCAGGAGGCGUCGGCUGUCGUCCUUCUCCGCGGCUGCCGGCGGGGGGAUUGGCGCAUAUGGACGAGGCUACAGGUCGCCGCUCGAGACGUACCUGCCGCUCCUCAAUGCUGGAUUGUGCGCCCUGCUUCUCUUGAUGGCCGUCUUGAUCGCCCUGACGCCGCCGCAGCAGGGACGGUCGGCGCCUGAGCACGUGAGUCGGGUGAUGCUGGCGUGCCUGCCUGCGGUCGUUUACGCAGUCGUCGUCGCUGCCAAGCUCGUCAUGUCGAGCGUCGAUCCCGAAAGGGAUCUCACGGGGCUCAAGUAUGAGAACAAGGGCGCGUGA